AAUGAAUGCAAACGACGCAAGUUGGAAUGUAGUAGUGGCUUGGUCUGCGUCAGGUGUUCUCGUGAUCAAAUUCCUUGUGUCUAUGCCACUCAUCGCCUUCCUAGCAAGUCAAUCCAAGAGACUGACCCCAAUGAUGAAGGAGCGAAUGUGAGAUUCCAAAAUGUGGAGAGGCAAUUGGAGACUCUGCGGCGGGAAAUACGGACCCUCUCCGCCCGCGUUCUUGACCUUGAAUCCCCUGGUCCUGCUUCAGCCUCCAAUCUGUCAGCUCCACCCACCACAGGGGGCCUGCACCGUAUCCUAGAUGCCCCUAAGUCUCCGACGUAUUUCGGGCCCACGAGUGCGGAGCUUGGCCUCACUCGAUCUCAAAGGUCCUUAUCUCACCAAGCUGGCGACUGUGCUGCAAUUGACGAUCGCGGUGAGGACCUCGACUUAUCAACUGCUCCUAGUCCCGCGCCGUCGGAGAGAAGUGAGAAUACUCCUCUUGGGUAUCCUUUGAGAAGCCUUAGUGCAGAUGAAACAUUGCGAUUGGUGCAAGUCUAUGAGGACACAGUCGGUGUGAUGUACCUCUGUGUCGACUUGGAUGGAGUGCGAGCAUAUGUGCUCGAGUUCUACCGCUCUCAUGAUUCAGCCACUGCAUCUUCCUCUGUGUUGUUGACGCAGACAACCUCGGAUCAGGAUUGGUUCUCUGCGCGCGAUGUCCAGAUGCUGAAGAUCCUGUUGGCGACCGCUCUACUAGUCGAAUCACACGGGCGCAGCGAGCGUGCCGCCCAGCCGGCCGACAGUGUAGAGCAUCGCUUCGCCAGUCGAUUUAAAAUUGCCGAGGUUGAUAUGAAAGAAAUUCUCAUUCUGACCCUGUUGCAGUCGAUUUUUCACUCUUACCACGAUGAUGAAGUUAUUGCCGGACGCUUGAUUGGGAGUACGGAGCUAGGUCUUCAUCGUCAAGAAACGUGGCAAAAGACAGGAGGCGUUUUCCCGGGCGAAUUGGAAUGGACAUGGGCAAGCCGACUGUUCUGGUGCAUAUACGUGUUAGAUCGCAAGUGUGCCUUUGGUACGGGUUUGCCCUUCGCCAUUCAAGAUUCCGACAUUGAUACCAACUUGCCUGAGCCGGACCACUCAACUCCGUACUUAACUUGCAUGAUCUCUCACGCGCGCCUGAGCACAAAGAUCUGGGGCCUGGUCGUUGGAUGGCCCAACCAGUCACAAGCGGCCACCUCAGAUGGUUGCGCUUGUUUGGACGCUCAGGUUCAGCAAUGGAUCCAUUCCAUUCCCCGUGAAUUACGUUUUGAUCCAACUUGGCGCUCUCCCGCCGGAUCGGAGCACACUGAUAGAGCUAUAAUACUUCAAGUUCUUCUUGCUCUACAAGCAAACCAACUUCGGAUUCUUGUAUAUCGACAAAAUCUGUUUAAUAAUGAGCGGAUAGCGGACAACGUGACCGGUGCCUCGACUGCCGUAGAAACAGCGAAGAGCACCGUUCAUAUGCUAGACUAUUUCAGUCAGGUCUCAAGUAUAUAUUUCCAGCACCCAGAGCCAUUCAACUAUUUUCUCUUAUCUGCCCUUGCCGCUCUCUUCUUGGCCGUCUUACAUGCCCCGGCGCGUUUCAGCCAUUCUUGCCGGCCCGAAUUUUACACGGCUGUAGAUAUGGUUCGCCGCUCAGCAGCCCGUGCCCCUACUUCCCGAAGAUUGCAAAAAGUUCUUCACAGUUUGAAACGGAUUCGAUUGAACCUCAGGUAUUCAUCCCACGGUACUUGGGAUCCAACGCCGAUAUCAACCACAACGGAGUCUGCUGCUGCACGUACUUCCAGCCUUCAUCAAAUAUCUGAGGCUGCUACUCCUCAGCUCUCAUUUAACGCUUUCUGGCCAAUGUCACCUGGUACAGUGGCUGGAUCUGAAUCUAAAGUCUGUGAAGACCUCAGCAGCUUUUUUGAAAUAGCCGGUGGAUUCUACUUUGACCCUCAACCCGGAUCGAAUAUUGCCGCUGGGGCAGAUGUGGGGUUGGCCCCUCCAGAUGACACGCGUUCGCCCAAUGCGCUGAACGCCUUUCAUGACGAGGAUGAAGCAUUGAUGAGAGUCAUGGCUGGUUUGCUGUGA